AUGUUGAUCUUUCUCUAAUUUCUGCAUGUUUUUUCUCAGGAAAUUACCUGGACUAAUUACUCCUUUGCUUUCCCGUAGUUUAUUCCUUUAAUCGCUGAUAAAACUGUGUUUUCAAGAACAUUCGAAGAAUUUGGAUAGAUCUUGUAUUCACAUUCUUAAAACUAUGUAGAAAUAUCUCAAUUGAAUACAGCGGAGACUUGGAUGAACCUAUUUGCAAUUUCGAUUAUCAAACCAUGCUCUUUUAAAGAUAACCAGACACUUUGAUAGCUUUGGUAACAGAUCUGCAAUAAAUUGAUAUUGAUAGUUUGAAAUAAGAAGAUAUUCAGCAAGGAUUUUCAGAUGAACUAAUUUCAUAUGCAACAAUAGAUAGGAAUCUCAUCCUCUUGGAAAAAAACGGAACAAUCCAUCACCUAUACUAUAACGAUGGUCCCACAUUAACAAAUUACACAGCCUAUUAAUUAUCAAUUAAUUUAGGCGUAAACGAAUAUUCAUAAGUUUUGGCGGAUAACCAAUCCUUUUACUAUAUUGACAGUGAGUAAUUUGUGAAGUUCAAUAUCAACAAUGGUAGUUUGGAAGAAGCUAAAAUACGCAGUUGGAAUAAAGUGAAUGGACAUUUUAAGAUAUUUGUGAGACAAGAGUAUGUUUACUUGAUCAAUGGCAUUUUUGGAAUGAGUAUUUAUAAAAUGCAAAAUAACAUCCUAUUGCUAGUCAAUAAAUUGAUGAUCGAAGUAAUAGUUACAUCUCUAAUUUAGGACAUUUACUAAAACCUAGACAUUACUAAUCUGAAUUUAGUUGAUUACUCUAUAGACAAGGAAUACUUAUAUCUAUUAGACCAAGAAAAUGGAGUCAGACGUUUUAACCUUGCGUCUAUGCAUAUGGAUAAGAAGUUCUUUAUUAGUCAAAAGGGAUGCAAGGUCAUAUCGGUUAAAAAUAAUCAAAUCAUCUUGAUAUAAUAGAAUCAAUUAUUUUCAGAAGUGUAUGAAGGCAGAAUCUUCAAUGAUAGUUGGGUGUUGAUUAGAAAGAUGACUGCUACUAAGUAAAUCAUCAGGAAUAUCAAAUAAUUUGAUAAUUAUGCUUUAUUAAUUAGUAAUCCAACAAACAACAUGUAUCAGAAAAAUCUGAUUGACAAUUUUAGCGAACCAUAUCUUUAUAAUGGGUAAUUAGUUAAUGAAGUUAUGUAGUAAUAAUUAUUAUUAAAUGGAGUUUUUGGGAUUGAUUGAAAUGGAUACAGAUUUUGUGGUUGGAAUCUACAAAUAUGGUGUUGCUAUAUAUUCAAUAUAUGAAAAAUCAGCCUAAAUUUCUUGUUAAGCUAGACUGAGUUAAUAAAAUAGAGUCACUGUAAAAUAUAAAUUAUAUUUGAUAGAUUCGUCUGAAUAGCACUAAUUGCCUUAAUAAAAAUUAGUCAGACGUUUUCAAUUAUUGUCAAUGUAGACUUGACUAUGUAUUUGACGUCCAUGGAGUUCUGAUGUCUCCUUAUUAAGAAAAUCUCUACAUUUAUUUUUGUGUUGUAGCGUUUUCAAUAGUAGUGGCACUUUUUGUGGCUAUAUUCUUUAUAAUUAGAAGGUAUCAAUUGAAGAAAGAGAAGAUAGAUCAUAUAAGAAAAAGUCGUAGGACUUUAUCGUAUUGA